AUGGAAGAAGCAGCAAAUAAUAGUAAUAGUCCGGCUCAACAACAGCAACAGCAGCAGCACCAACAACAACUAAUGAAGAUGCAUAAACAACAGCUUCUUUAUCAACAUUAUCAACAACAAUUACAACAACAAAAUCAAUUCUCAAAUCAAAAUCAAGCUAUUUCUCGAUUUCCAUCAAACAUUGAUGCUCAUUUAAGACCAUUAGGAAGUCUUCAACAGCAGCAGCAGCAACAGCAACAACGUUCAAUUAAUCUUCAGCAGCAACAGCAACAGCAGCAGCAAAUACAACAACAGGGUUCAAACCCUAACCCUAAUUUGAAUGUCAAUGUUAAUCUGCAACAGCAGCAGCAAAAAGUAGUAAGUAGACAAGGGCAACAAGCAGAACUAGAAAUGGCUUAUCAGGAUGCUUGGCGGGUGUGUCACCCUGAUAUCAAACGCCCCUUUUCUUCCCUUGAAGAUGCAUGUGAAAGGCUACUGCCUUACCACGUGGUGGCAGACUAUGAAGCUGAAGAGGAUGAUAGGAUCCUUGAUUCUGAUACAACAGGUCAGAUGCCCUCCCGCUCCCAGCAAUGGGACCACAACAUUGCAAGUAAAGUAUCAGAAUUUACAUCUACUUUCGAGAAACAAGUCCUGGCCUUCAAUAUAAUAUCUCGUAAGCGAAGUCUAGGGGAGUUUCGGUCUGAAGAGAGAUUGAUGUUAGAGCAAGCCCUUCUACAAGAUGAGAAACAUGCUCUGUUGGAGCUAAGGGCUGAGAUUGAAUCCAGAGAGAAAGCCAGUCGAGAUGCUGCAGAAGCUAAAAUGCGAAUGGCAGCCAUGGUUCAAGCAGAGCAUGCCCGUGUUGAAGCACAAACUCAUGCGGAAAUGCUUGCUCGUGCACCAAUGAGAGGGAGUGCUGUUGGUUCUCAAGCUGAUGAAGGUUCAGUGGGGCAUGAGAUGUCAGGGCAUGAACAAGUAGGCCACAUGGAUGAGAUGAUUCAUGGUUGGGGUAGUACGCACAGAGAGGAUGAUGAACCAUCAGAAGAUUUUCUGAAUGACGAAAAUGAGCCUGAAAAUGGGGACACCGGAAUCCAGGAUGAAUGGAGGGAAGUAGGAGAAUUUGAUUUGAAUACUAGGUAAUUAAGCUUAGAAAUCAGAUGUGAAGUUCUCAAAAAUUAAAAUGGAGCAUAACAAAAUCUAUUUUAAUCAGUUCUAAGGAAAAGGUGCAGGAUGAGUAGAGUGACUUUGGUCAUCAUUAACAGAGCUCCAAAUUCUUGAUUGUAGAUUAAUUGAUGUAUCUGUAUGUAUGGAUGUGAUUGUAGGUUCCUGUGGCUCUUUAAAUUUAAACAAUGGUUCCUAGGGUGAUUUCCAUGUUUGAAGUUGGAGCCUUAAUUGUUAAUUUAUCCAUUUUCACCAUUAAGGGGUGGAUUUGAUGUCAUUUUUAAAACAUGUCGGGUAAAAACAUUUCAAGCCCUGUAUUUUUGUUCUAUGUUUCUCUGGCACAUGUACGCAGUAACAACAAUAUGCAUAUUCGAGGGUCUUGUUAGUUCGGGUUU